AUGGUCCCCCCGCCGCCUCCGUCCCAUUCAAGAUCUGGAAACUUCUCGCCUGUCCCUGCACAUAGUCUGCAGACAGGCUUCACACAUUCCCCCCAUCCAUCACACGCUGGCCCUCUGAGUGCUGGCGCAAGCCCGAGUGCGAGCAGCCCGACCACGGGUAACACCAACUCCCUCACCAAGAUCGUCGUCGCCCAGGUUUACCUUCUGUUGAGCACAAUCAAGGAGGACAAGGACCGCGCCAAGUUCGAGUUGCAGAUCGACCAGCUGAAGAAGCUUCUCGAUGACCACGGCAUGGAAGUCUUCUCCAAAUAUUUCACCCGGCUGGUGGCCGGGAAUGCCGCCCAAAUAUUUCCCAGCCUCAGUCGGUCGACCGCUAACCCGGGCAACUACUCGCUCCUCGUUGGCGAGAUGUCCAAGAUUUCCCACGACCUCGACCAAGCUGCCAAGAUAGCCGAGUCCAUCGAGACCGCAAACGAGGACAUAUUCCGCGAUUUCGAUCUCUCCACCUUCAUGGAACAUUUCAAACUUGAUGCUCUGGAGAAGACAAUAUUGGCAUUGGCGUUCAAGUUUGGAUCCCGUUCGGAUCUGAAGACAAAAGCCGACGCUAUUCUUUCCACCAAUUUUCCUACCUUCGUGAACAUCGUCUCGCGCCCGGAUUUUGGUGAUCACUCGGACCUGACCCCGGCUUUCAUCGCAGCCAUUGUCGACCGAUAUAUUCAGGGCCAUCCCCCCAACUUCAACUCGGCCGCUAAGCACGAACUCAGUCAAAAGGUCCAGUCGCGCUGGUCACAACCAGAUCAAGCCCCCCCAAUGGAGGUGCUGGCUGCUCUGGACCUGAUACGAGUGCUGGGUGAGAAGCCACCGAAUGCGUUGGCGCUCUAUAUCCAGCGAACAGGGGCAGACUUCACGCGUGACGAAGACACUUGUUUGGGUUACCUGCAGAACCGGCCGGGUAACAUCCAACUGAGUGAAGAGCAAGUUUCUGCCGCCCUGACCUACACGACUGUCAGCACCACUUACCGGCACAACCCAUCUGUAUUGGUUGCUGCCCUUCGGCGCGUUCUGCCUUCGACCUUCAACUGGGAGGAUGUAGUAGCAUACUUCGAUCAGCGGGACGUGCGCGUGUCUUCUGAACAGUUUCUGCGACUAUACAGUGCACUGCUGCCAGUCGCGCAAGCCCACGACGAUCAAUCACCAAACUUUGACAUACAGUGUCUGUGGGGUGGCUCGCGUUGGGAAAACGCGGAGACGCAGCUGUCUUUCAUCUGCGCGUUCGCAUCUCUAACGCCGGACGAACUCGACGCCAGUACCAUUCCCGGCCUCCGACCAACCUUCACCCUUGACGAGUAUGCCCAGUCGCACGCAGAAGUUCGUGAACGAGCUGCUGUCGCUGUCAAGCACCCCCUCGUCUCUGGGCCUGCCCUAUCAGCCAUAUUCCAUGUUGCUCUGCAUUCGUUGCACGCGUCGCAAAGCGCUGAAGCCAAGCGACUGUUCCAGCAGGUCGUCGUUCCGAACCUCGAUAUUUUCAUCGUCUCAGCCUUUGGGGUUCCUAAGCCAUGGCCCCAAAUGGCCACCGAUACACUGAUAUCGCUAUUUGGCAACUUCCUGCAUCGCCGUUCCGAACACCACGACUUCGUUCUGGACAGCUUGUGGAGGAAGGACAGAGCCUGGGUCGUUACCAGACUCAUCGAGGCACAUGGCCAGAAGCCUACGGACCUGACAGUGAUAUUUGAACAUGUCAUCAAACACGACUGGUUGGAUGAGCUAGUCUACUCACCCAGCGGAUUUGGCUACGACCUGGCUGCUCUGGCACAUGCUGAAGGUCGGCUUGACCUAUCCGAUUGGGCCCGCAACAAUGCUGAGAGAAGCCCGUCGAUCGCGCAAUCUUUGCUGCAGUUUCUGCUGAUAAAAGCAAACCAAGAGGUUCAACUGCAGAAGGCCAAGGCUGGAGAAGUGCAACCAGUACCGAUACCAAGCACUGCGCUCCACCUCAAAACAGUCGUUGCCAUGCUCCAGAUUCUCGAGGACUUCCUGCCAAGGGGCCCUGUCCCACAGCUCAUCAUGGCUCAGCGUGCGUGUAUCACCGCCUACCCGCGACUUAUCAAUUAUGGAGAAGGCUAUGACGAUAUCAUCGAUGCCAACGGAAAAGAAGGCCACGCACUCUCACCCGGCGCCGUUGCUAAGAUGGAGGAACACUAUAAGAAGAUGUAUGGCAAUGAUACUGAGGUCAAGGUCAUCGUACAAAAGCUCCAGGACUACAAACAAUCCCGAGAUCCCUUGGAGCAGGACAUCUUCGCCUGUAUGAUCCAUGGACUUUUCGAAGAAUAUCCGCAUUUCAUUGAUUACCCACUCGAAGCCUUGGCUACUACGGCUGUCUUGUUCGGCGGUAUCAUCUCUCGUAAGCUCGUUUCUGAGCUUCCACUCAAGGUUGGACUCGGCAUGAUCCUGGAAGCCGUUAGAGACUACAGCCACAAGGAUCCCAUGUAUAAGUUCGGACUCCAAGCUCUCAUGCAGUUACUCUUACGCUUUCGCGAGUGGCCAGGAUUUUGUAAGCAACUCCUGCAAGUCCAAGGCUUGCGUGACACGGAUCCGUGGAUGAAGGCAGAAGAGGUCGUCCGCGAAGACCAGGAGGGAAGGGUGCGUGCUCAGAACGGUAAUGGACCAGCCAACCAUGUGGAGACUGAGGCAUUGCUGAGCGUGGCUGUUGAUGGCUCCGAGGUACAUGCGCCGUCCUUUGCACCGUUCUCAGCAAUUACUAUCGACCCUCCAAGGCCCGGCGUUAGUUUCGAGGAGCCUGUUGUCGAUAUCCAAGAUCGGAUCCAGUUCGGGCUGAACAACCUAACCUCGACCUCUCUCCAGUCCACGUUCGCAGAUUUGUACGGGCUUUUGGACGACCGUCAUCAGCAGUGGUUUGCCAGUCAUCUUGUUGAAGAACGAGCCAAGAUGCAACCCAACUACCAUCAGGUGUACCUGGACCUUGUUAGGCUUUUCCAGCAUCAGGGUUUGUGGUCCGAAGUAUUGAGGCAAACAUACAUCAGUGUCGCUCGUAUGCUCAACGCCGAGAGUACCAUGCAGAGUUCUACCGACAGGACACACCUCAAAUACCUCGGGGGCUGGCUCGGACUGCUGACGAUAGCCCGGGAUCAACCUAUCAAACACAAGAACAUUGCAUUCAAGCAGCUUCUCAUUGAGGCGCAUGACACCAAGAGACUAGUUGUUGUGGUGCCCUUUGUCUGCAAGGUUCUUAUUCAGGCUGCCAGGUCAACAAUCUUCCGUCCACCAAACCCGUGGUUGAUGGAUAUUAUUCAUCUUCUCAUUGAACUUUACCACCACGCCGACUUGAAGCUCAACCAGAAGUUCGAAAUCGAGGUCUUAUGCAAGGACCUUAGCCUUGAUCACAAGAGUAUCGAACCUUCCAAGGAGCUUCAGGACCGUGAGCCAUUCGAGGAUUUGAGCGAGGUGCCGAUGCCGCCAGUGGAGCAGUUCGAUGAUCUCUCGCUGAACGGCCUGGGAAGCGUUGUGGCUCCUGGUCUGUCACCACAUCCAAUUCCUGUCUCGGUUCCGGAAGUCAGUCCCAUGUUGUCGAUCCCACCGACUAACGAGAUGGUUGUGAGUACUGCCCGUCUACAUGACAUGGUCCGUAGCGCGGUGACCAAGGCUUUGCACGAUAUCAUCCAGCCGGUCGUUGAGAGAUCCGUUACUAUCGCAGCCAUAAGUACGCAUCAGAUGAUAACUAAGGAUUUUGCCACCGAGCCUGAUGAGAACAAGCUACGCAUGGCAGCCGUAAACAUGGUUAAAGCAACAGCUGGUAGUCUGGCCCAGGUUACUAGCAAGGAGCCUCUGCGAGCAAACAUCACCAACUAUCUACGGGCCGCAGCGAAUGACCUGCCCCAGGGUCUGCCCGAAGGCACGAUCAUCAUGUGUGUCAAUUCAAAUCUUGACCUGGCGUGCAGCAUCAUCGAAAAGCAAGCCGAAGAGCGCGCGUUGCCCGAGAUUGAGGAGAUCAUAUCGAACGAAUACGAGAAGCGACGUCGUCAUCGUGUGCAGCGGCCGAACGAGCCCUACGUCGACUCCAGCCUGAGUCGAUGGGCCAUGACCAUCCCCCACCCUUACAAGCUUUCUCCUAGCAUGACAGGCUUGAAUGCGGAACAGAUGGCCAUUUACGACGACUUUGCAAGGCAGCCACGGAGUACCACCCAAGCCGUUGGUACGCAUGCGCCUUCGGCCUCGGAUGCCACAAGGAACAUUGCCAACGAGGUUCUGCAAGAUCAAUACAGCUCCGUGCCGAACAUUCCAACGCCCAACGAGACGCCCGCUCUUCCUCAUAUAAAUACGCAGCUGUCGUAUUCCCACGCGCAAGCCGGGAUGACUAAUGGCCGCCCGUCAGCCCAACCUGGCCAGAUUGAUGUUCGUGUGGUCACAGAGAGAAUCUCAAAGCUACUGGAACAGCUCAAACACACGGCUGACAGCUCCAGCGAAGAGCACUUCGUUGAUCUUCCGAAGCCACAUGAUAUCCUGGAUGUCGUCGACGCCUUCACCCAGCUCAUCAUCAAAUUCUCGUCGCAGAACACAGAGGACCUUGCUGGGUACGCUGCCGACAAAAUAUGCAGCCUCCUGUUCAGCCGUCACAGCCACAACACCCUCUUCCUCGAGAGUCUCGUCCACAUUCUCGCGCUUAUACUGAAGAUCUCGGCUAGUUCUGGCACUGCAAUGCAUGAUCGUGUACAGGUCAGGUUCUACCGAGAGCCUCCCCAGAACAUUCUCUACAUCCCUCUGAUCUCUGCGCUGCUUCCGACAGAUCUCCUAGACUUGCAAAACGUCGACCGAGUCCUGGCAAAGGUCUUGGCAGAGAGGGACGAAGAAUAUCUGGAAUUUUUUGAGCAACUACUGGACUUGACGAUAUUCAAUGGUCGCCCUGUUGCUUUAUUCACAGACUACGUGCAGAGUCUCCAAAUUGCUUGGGAAUGGAUCAACCAAGAGCCAAGUCUUGAGGUAGGUCAGAGACUAAGAAACAAAUUUCUUCGUUCUGGCCUGCCGAAGCCGCAGAGUCGAGGCUCAGAGGUUGACAGUGAACGUCAAGAGCAGUUCGACUACGUAUUUGACGAGUGGGUGCGCUUAUACGGCAACCCCAACGCGUCUGACAAGGCACAGAUGGCGUUCGUGAAGCAGGUGCGGAGCAAAGGCGUUAUCAAGGGCAAAGACGACUUCCUAGUCUUCUUACGGAGGGCCAUCGAUGUGUCAAUCCUCCACUAUGACCAGAUCAUACUUCAAGGGGGUAGUAGCAGCGAGUGUCUCGUUCCCGUGGAUUCGAUUAUCAAGCUGGUGACCAUCUUCGCCCAGGAAAGCGCGGCUGAGUUUGAUGACCCGAAGGCUGGGCUUCUCCCUAUUCUGGAGGCGGUCAUGGCACUUUUCGCUGUGCUCCUCAAUCACCACCAUGUCACCAGGGGCGAACACUUCAAUCAGCCCAUCUUUUUCCGCCUCUUCUCAAUGCUGAUGCACAGUGCUGAUAGGAUGUUUGUGGAGGGACUGGAGUCCUGCCGAGAGGACUAUCUGAUGCGCCUAGCGGAAAUUCUACUUCCCCUCGGACCGGAACGCUACCCAGGCUUCUCUUUCAGCUGGCUCAAUCUCAUAUCGCACAGACAGUUCCUGCCAAGCUUACUGAUGCUCGAAUCAAAGCGCGGCUGGCCGCAAUACACCAAGAUCGUUCAGUCUGUCAUGAGACAUCUCUGCGAGCUCAUGAAGGUAGUCGAGGUAGCAACUGUCACCAAGGAUUGGUACCGGGGGGCCAUGAAGCUCCUGGUGGUCUUGUCCCACGACUAUCCUGAUUACGUGGCGGCGAAUGCCAUACAGAUUUGCGGCAGCAUUGCGCCUCAUUGCAAGCAGUUGAGAAACAUUGUUCUCCACUGCAGCCCCCGAUCCGAGGCCGAAGAAGCCCUUUCGCAGGUGCCGCAAUCUGGCGUUGCUAGUCAACGCCAAGUGUUCUCGUCCCUCAGAGAAGCAGGCAUGAUGGAAGUCCUCGAGCAGCUGAUGCAAGAUGGCCCCUCGGAAGACGCCAUUGCUCACCUCACGCAUGCCAUCAAUAGGAGAGAUGCAGAUGCGACCACGUUUGGCGGUGUGCGGCUCACUGUCGAUCCGCAGCUCAUUGACGACAUUGUCGCCUUUAUUGGUCAUCAUGCGGUGUCGAGGCGGCGGCAGGAAAUGAACUUGUUCAUGCCCGGGUCCACCGACGUAGCCACGCUGUCACUUCUGGUGCAUGAACUGUCGCCCGAGAGCCGUUACUUCCUGCUGUUCAGCAUUGUGGACCGACUUCGAUGGCCUGGUGCUCUGACGGAAUACUUCACGCUAGUGAUCCUUGACAUCUUUGGGCAGGAUAUCAACGACCCUGAGGAAGCGGAUAUUCGGCAACAGAUUGUUCGCAUUCUGCUGGAGCGAUUUGCGGGCUUCUGGCCGCAGCCAUGGGGCCUCGUGUCGAUCAUCGUGGAGCUGACCAAGAACGAAAAGUACAUGUUCUUUGAGCAGCCGUUCAUCAAAGCGGACCGCGACAUCGGUGAGCAGUUCAUGACUAUUCCCCGGCAGGGGCAGUAA